UUAAAUAAUGGAAGAAGAAAAGUACCCUGACUUUACGAUAUCACAGAACAAUGGGAUGAGUAACAACUUUUCCCAGUCAACUCCCAGCGAAAUGUCACAAGCAAUGAUGACUCGUGAAGAAGUAAAAGACAUUAUGAACAUUUAUUCUGCUUCCAUUGAGAAUUGUGAACAUGAAAUUGAGAUCAGCCAGAACCACCUCGAAGAAACCACUAAGAACCUCUCAAGAAUUGAAGAAGAACAGGCCAGGCUAGAGAAAGAUGAGCAAGGCAUGGAGUCAGUAAUUGAGAAAAAUGAAGAAGAAAUAGAAGACCUUCAGAGACAACUUGCUGAAGCACAAGAAAAGUAUAAAAAUGCAAUUGACGAGGAAGGCCUUGAGAAUGCAAUUAACGUUGUUGAUGAAACCCUCAAGUCAAGACAAGAUGUAGAAGCUUCGGAGGUUGAAGACAUUGAAAAUGGCGAGGAACCCACUCAGAUGUUACAUGAGUUCUUGAAUAUUGCCAAUUCUAUACAAAGAGAGAGGAGAGCUAUAAAUAAGCUUGAUGAAGAGAACUUCAAAAUGAAAUAUGAUGAAGUCCUUUCUUCCCUCAAACAUGAAUUUGAGGAAGAUGAGUAUUAUCACCCAGGCCUUCUAAGGUUCUUUUCUUGAAGAGGAUGAGGAGGAGAUGAGUAUUAUAACUGUUGUCAGAAAUGUAAGGCUUGCAGUCCAGGAUGUAGACCAAAGAAGAAAUUUUUUGAGCCUAAAUUUGUCAAAAAGAGUUCCUUGAAGACAAUAUAGCUCAUACUAUAAUUUCAAUAUUCAGAUUCUUU